AUGACAGACGUUCAGGACCCCCCGGCGUCGGGCGGGAGUAAAACAUUCGGCAUCCACAAAUACGAUCCCAGGAGCUGCUUAGGUGAAGUGCACCGAUGCUGUCUGCUGGCUUUCGCUCAUCGAUCUCCCGUGAAAGGCGCGGAGCAAUCGCGCGAGAAUGGGCGGCGCGGCUACGCAGACAAGUACGAAGACGAUCCGCUCUACGAAGAACUCGGGGAUGAGGCUCGCAUCUGGCGCGUCAUGCUGGACGAGGGUCGGAUCGUCGACGCUGCGAUGCUGCAACGCUUUCGCGACCAUCUCGAUGUGGACCUCGUUUUUGCGGGUUUGUUCUCGGCCGUCCUCACGACCUUCGUCGUCCAGACAUCGCAGACGCCCUCCACUACCGGCGACACCACCAUCGCUCUCCUACUCGAGAUUAUUGCCAUUCAGCGAGCAUGGGCGAACGAUCCUCGUGUGGAUGGCGUGGCCUCCUUCAGCCCUCCCCCACCGUCGCCUAGUCCCAGUCCAUGGAUCAAUCGCUGCUGGUUUCUCAGUCUAGUAUUCAGUCUGUUGGCUGCCUUUGGCGCCGUAGUCGUCAGGCAGUGGCUGCAGGAAUACGAGAGCGACAUCGCCGGGCCUCCCAAGCGGCGCGCGCUCGUCCGCCACUUCAGACGCGUCGGCUUGGAGAACUACAAGGUCCACCUGAUUGUGCCGAUCCUCCCUAUGCUCCUGCACGUCUCGCUGCUACUGUUCUUCAUCGGACUCACUCUCUACGCUCUGGUGAUGCAGAUACGUGCGCGCCUCCCUCCCCAUUUUUGGAUCUUCUAUCCUGCGGCAAAGAUGGUCAAGCGCCGAUUGGAAGGAGCGCGCGCAGUCAUCUGGGAAAGACUGCAGAACAAUUGGAAGGAAAUUUUCAAGACACCUGACGCCCAUGAAUGGGAUGCCGUGCUGGAUUCUUCCGACGCAUUGAUUCCUAACAGCCUUGACUCAAUGGUUCAAAUAUCCUCUGACUUAUCCGUUACUCCCCUCGUUGUGCAGGCGUCAUCCGAUCUUCCAAUCAACCCUGCCCGUUAUGACAACAUUGCUUUUGAGGAUCCGCACUAUGCCGAGCUGCUCCGCCAUCGCAUUCUUCCCUGGUUCAUCAAUGCGCUGAGCACACGCCGCACGGUCUUUGACUGGGCGCCUGGCCGGGAGAACGAGCUUCAACGCAUGGCGUGCGCUUUGUUACUCGUCCCACUCACUCACUCGGGUUCUGGCUUUGUCAUGUACUGGAAGGAGGUUGACACGGCACAGUACCGUGCAUGUGUCUUACGGGUCUUCGAAUCCACAUUGUCUGCACUUACAGAUCUUUCAAGUCCGCCUAUGGCCCCAAAUGUUGACGUGACGACAAUGUCCAUAACCCUCUUCGCGCUCAGCCAUCGACUCCUGAAGUUUCAUCCGAAUUGGACUCUCCCUGAAGAUGUGGCAGUCUUUGGCACUGGCGCUACAGUGUAUUCAUCACUUCCCAAACCACCUUCGCUUGCAUCGCUGCGCCUUCGUCCAGUGCUUUGGCAUGAAGUAUUCCUACACUUGCGCUAUAUCACGAUGCCUAUGGACGACUCACCACACUUCGCAAUCGACUUGUGGCGCAGUGCCCUCUCUGAGGCACUGUCACCAGGCAAAGAUGAUCAGCUGAAGAAACGCCUCGCUGAAUCGUCUCGCGUUACCUUGCAAGAGUGGCUAUAUCUGGGUCCGGAUCUGUUUGAGGAUGCGUCUAUCAUCGUGUACCAUCUUCUGUGUCCUCAGUCAUGUGAAUUACACGAGGAAGAUCGCGCCGAAGGGAAUGCAGCUUUCGACGAUAACCUUGGCUUUCUGGCCGUGCAUUUUAUUGGCUCGUUGCUUACCACUCUUGGGUAUGACUCGAUCGACUCUGCGCUACGAACCGUCGGACACCCGGCAGUAUCGGCCGCAUUCAAGUCGUCAUUCCUCGUUCGUCCCUCUCUGCCACUGGCAAAGUUUGUUCAGCCAUGGACACGCUUACCCGCGACCUUCGCCGUGCUGCUGUUCUGGUUUCUCGCCAAGCUUGCUCUGGCAACUGACAAUCCGGAUGAGGAAGUCACCAUUCUCAAGGUGCUGUCUUGCCAUGCAACCGACUACUGCGAAGUUCUAGCAGAAGCUCUUGACCAUGACGAGAUCGAGGUCGAGCUUCUCCUCAAACUGGUACCUACGGUGCUACAUGAUCACCAGCUGGCUUUCCUGGACAUCUCGGACGCUCUCGCAACAUCCCUGGCUACGAAACUCCGCAAAGCGACAGGCUCGGCGCUUGCAGAUGUCAUGGAUGAUUUCCUAUAUCUGAAUGCCCUCUGUGCGGCGCGUGCCAACUCAAAGGAGGUCGACGGGGAGUUCCCUGACGCAUCGCGCAAGCUGCACUCGGUGUUGCUCUCGCUCAAGCCGACAUAUAGCUGGUGGUGCAAAAGGAAGCUAGAAGGGAGACUCAAAGACAGAGACAUGCCACUUGCUGUAGCAUUGGCGCUGAGGAGCCCGCAUGGCCUUGAAGCGCUAGCAGAGAUCCAGGCUCUGGCUUGGAAGUUUGGGUUCCAGAUGCCGCUCAAGAAGGCGAGGACCUGGAUUGGUAUCGCCACUUCACUAGCGAUCCCAACAAGCACAUCUAUGCUCGGCCCAGAAGCUGGUCUCUGCACAUAUCCGAACUUGUAA